CGCCAUCUAGUGUGUGACCGCGGCACGAGCCUCAACCGGAUUGGCUGAGCAGUCGUCAGGACUGUUUACAGGAAACAUGGCUUCCAGGUCUGUGGGAGAGCUCCAAGAGAUGGAAGUGGACCGACGGGGUGAGUCUGAGGAGUCUGGCGACGAUGAGACCAAGAGGAGGAGCAUCAAUGGCAACGUGGACGCCAACCAGCCCGCUACCACAAGUAAAGAAGAGUCUCCUGUUGACAUGGAUACCAUAACUUUGGACCCCGAAGAAGAGGACGUUGAUCUUGUUCAUUGUCGUAUUGGAAAGAUUGAAGGACUGGAGGUGCUAAAGAAAGUUAAAACACUCUCCUUAAGACAGAAUCUCAUCAAAAAGAUUGAAAACCUUGAAAGUUUGAGCUCACUGCGGGAACUAGAUCUCUAUGACAAUCAGAUUCGCAAACUGGAGAACCUGCAGAACCUUACAGAGAUCGAGCAGCUUGACAUGUCCUUCAAUAUGCUGAGGAAGGUGGAGGGUCUGGAGCAAAUGACUAAGCUGAAGAAACUUUUUCUACUUCACAACAAAAUUGGCAGUAUUGCCAACCUGGAACACCUCACAGGCCUGGACAUGCUGGAACUGGGCUCCAAUCGCAUCCGGAUCAUAGAGAACCUGGAUACUCUUUCAUCUUUGCAAAGUUUGUUUCUUGGCACCAACAAAAUAGCUACGCUUCAGAAUCUGGAGGGUUUACACAACUUGACGGUUUUAAGUAUUCAGAGCAACCGGAUCACUAAAAUUGAAGGUCUACAGAAUCUUGUCAACCUAAGAGAGCUCUAUCUGAGCCACAAUGGCAUCGAGGUCAUCGAGGGCUUGGAAAAUAACAAGAAACUUACAACCCUGGACAUCGCAGCCAAUCGAGUAAAGAAAAUUGAGAACAUCAGCCAUCUGACCGACCUGCAGGAGUUCUGGAUGAACGAUAAUCAGAUAGACAACUGGUCCGAUCUCGACGAGUUGAAGAACGCCAAGUCUCUGGAGACGGUCUACCUCGAAAGAAACCCUGUACAGAAGGACCCACAGUACCGGCGAAAGAUCAUGCUGGCGCUGCCCAGUGUGCGGCAGAUCGACGCCACCUUCAUCCGCUUCUAAACUGCAGUAUAAAAUUGACCGGUCCAGCUCCGCAGUGUAGUCCCUCACCGCCCUGUGUGUCCUACCUCCCAAAGAAACUUCAUUUUGAAAAAACACACUCCUCACUGAAUCAUCUAGUCGCUCUGUACACAAACGCACAUUCCGACGUUCACUCUCACCCACGGCUUACUCAACACGUACGUGUUUGCAUGUAUGCACUCAUUCACACCGUGAUCAGUGCUAGGGGGUUAAAGCUUGUUUUUUUUUUUCUUAAGCAGGAUUUGAACUGUGAGAACGAUUUCAAAAUGUAUCUCCAUUUCCUGAUAUUUCUGCUCUGAUUUUAGUUUUAUUGUUUUGCAUGCGCAAUGAAGUGUGGAGACAUAUUUCAUCAAUUGGCCAUCAGGAAAAUAAGAUAUCAGUUGUUCAUUACAUUUCAUGAGAUUGCACUGCUAUCAUAUGAGAGGAAAGAGGGGCGUUCCUGCUGUUUGAGGGAUUUUGUUGCGCGUUUAUUCUAUUUGGUUUUGCUCGUGUAAAACCUUUGACACAAGUAUCACAGUUGAGUUAUCAAACAAUUAAACAGACCUACAUCUAAAAGGGGAAGUCCCUCAGAAAAUAGUGUUAACAUAUUGUAAUCUUUAGAAUCAAAGAAUUGACUGACAUCACUGUUACAGGAACAUCUAAAAUGAGACUUAACGCGUCGCAGUGACACCGUGUAGUUUUAGGCCAGUUCUGCCCCUGCUUAGAUCUGUCAUUGGAAGGAAAGCAAGAAAUGAUUUAUCAUUUUUAAUAAACUGGUAUCGUUAGUGAUGAAAGGAAAAUCUGAAUGUCUAUGCCGUGUUCACAUAUUUUACAUCUCACUGAUUGCAGCUCGUCUUUUGGACUUUGGGGAAAUUGUUCAUAUCUGUUCUGAUAACUGUAAAAUGUAGAUUGUAUUUUAAGUGAAUUUAUAAUAUAUAAUGGCAGGACUGGCUUCACUUAUGUGUUGAUAGCUGAUGUAGGAUCAUUUACAUAUUGCUGUUUUGAGGUUUUCAGGAGUGACCUGUUCUGAUAGUCCCAUGUAAAUAUUGCAUUAAUAGACUUGAUAUACUUCCAGGUUACAAUGAACAGGUGACGCACCUUACAUAUGUGAAGAAUUUCCCACUUCUGGACUAAAAGGUCCCUUUUGGAAAGAGCACACACACAUCAGAUUACAAUGCAUUGUUGGGUAUACAUUAAGAAUGCCAAACUAAGUGCUUUCUGGGCAACACAAGAUACCGA